CCCAUGCACCCGCACCCCAGCUCGCCGCUGUGAUACACAUAUAGCCGGAUAACGCACUCUGGGCUUGCUAUGGCGUUCGCGCAGUUCUACUACGACCCGGCGCUGGAGUUCGAGAAGCUGCUGGACGAGGACACCGGCGGCGUAUCGGCGGCUCAAGCUCAAGCUCAAGCUUCUGCUGCUCCAAUCGCCACCGCCGGGGACGCAAAGGUGGCAAAGUCCACCGACCACGGCGCCAUUGCUCGCUCGACGUCCAUGACGGCCGCGGAGCCACAGCCGGAGCAAAGCGAUCGGUGGUUCGGCGAAGGCCUCCUGAGGCGCUGCGCCUCCACUGGAUCCAUCCACGGCGGGACGCACCCUGGGAUUCCCAAGUGACGAUGGGCUUCAAACUUUGCGCGAUGCUUGUACGAUUGGGAUUGACCGUAGGAAUAUUGUACGAGCGCGUGUGGCACCCAGGAAAGGUAACUUGAAGAUGUACGAUCGAAUGUGUACGAUCUGUGUGUAUGCGUAUCAUUCAACAUAUCGGCGAGGAGGGCGAAUCCAAGCACCCUAUACACUCC